GAAGAGGAGACAGGAUUGGUACAAGGCACGUGAAUAAAGCGCUAUAGAAAAUUGAAUAAAUACUGUGAUUUUUAUUAGAAGAACUGAAGUAAACCCUUCAACUUUACAAUUUGGCGACGAGAGAGAACGAGAUGAGUGAUACUAGGCCGAUUCCACAAUUCAGAACUCUGUAACGUUGGUGGCGUCCUUCUUCGGAGAGAUCGUAUAGUUGUCCCUACUGGAUUACGUCAACGGAUUCUGAAUAUAGCUCAUGAUGGGCAUCCUGGGAUGCGAAUGAUGAAGUCGUUCCUCCGAUCUGUAGUUUGGUGGCCCAAACUGGAUUCAGGUGUAGAAAUAUUUAUCCGAAGCUGCCGUGAAUGUACCCUAGUUGCUGCUCCAAAUGCUCCCGAGCCGAUGCUUCGGAAAGCGCUACCUUCUGGGCCUUGGGAAGACAUCGCAAUCGACUUUCUUGGUCCUUUGCCUAAUGGUCAACAUUUGUUGGUAGCCGUGGACUGUUAUAGCAGAUAUCUGGAAGUUUGCGAAAUCGGCUGCACAGAUUCAGCUGAAACAAUAAUUUGUAUGCUAGAGAUGUUUAGCCGUUACGGUGUCCCAUCGAAGAUUAAGACAGACAAUGGUCCGCAAUUUGCAAGUGAAGAGUUUGGCGAUUUUUGUGUUGAUUACAAUAUACAGCUGGUCCAUACGAUCCCGUAUUGGCCGCAAAUGAAUGGGCAGGUAGAACGCCAGAACCGUUCAAUUUUGAAGCGGUUGCAAAUUGCACAGGAGCUCGGGAAGGACUGGCGAAAAGAGCUGCGUGAAUACCUACUCGUGUAUCAUGCAACCAAUCAUUCGACCACUGGCGAAGCACCGUCAAAAUUAAUGCUCGGUAGGCGAAUAAAAACUAGACUUCCUCAAGUGCCAGGAUAUGUUGACGACGAAGCUGUACGUGAUUUUGAUGGUCUUCAGAAAGAGAAGGGAAGAGAGUAUGCGGAUAAAAGACGUCGGGCGGAAUUCAGCGAUAUUCGGGAAGGAGAUCGCGUUUUCAUAAAACGAAUGAUGAAGAGUCAUAAGCUUGAAGCGAACUUUUCUUCAGAAGAGUUCGUGGUAAUGAAGAAAACUGGAUCCGAUGUUGUCGUUCGUUCACAGUUAUCUGGUAAAGAGUUUCGUCGCAACGAUACACAUCUGAAGAAGAUCCCUUCAGGACACAUUGAUUCACAGCAUACAACUCUACAAUCGGAACACACAUUUCGGGACGAUCCGGUACGUGACCCCGAGCAAAAUGAUCAACAGCUAGCUUCGAAUGCGGGACCUGAUCGUAUAUCCCAAGAGGAACCAGUUCCUGACUCUGGAAAUGUCCAACAGCAGGACGAACCUGCUCGAAGCAAACGCGCUUGCAAUCAGCCAUCGAGAUUCAGAGACUAUGUUCCUCAUUAGUUUUACGAAACUUAAGGUAGGGUUGUAGGGUCUGAGCGCACUGCAAUAAAAAAGGGAACGAAGGAGGAAGAAGAAGAGGAGACAGGAUUGGUACCAGGCACGUGAAUAAAGCGCUAUAGAAAAUUGAAUAAA